UAAAAUGAAAAAUGCACACACCAUGGAUGAUGCCAGAUCACUGAGAAGAGAGUCAUAGAGUUGGGCCGCAGGCCCACACACCUCCUAGACCGUCCCGAAUCCCUCCAUCAUCCCACAAGUGACUUGUCAUCUUGCAAGGAGUGGUGGAACGAGCGGAUGAGUAAUGGAAGCUGGUGUCAGAAGCGAGCGACGCCGGAGAUAGCAAGGAGAUAUCAGGCAGGGUUGGAGAGGAGCAGCCGAUUGAUUGAGGAGUUUGGUCCUGGGAAGCGAUGGCGGAAUGGAAUGCGGAAGCUUCUUCUCGGUUUGAAUGAGUGGCUUGAGAGGAAUGGAGUUGGAAGAAGCUUUAUGACUUGCAAUGACUUGGAUGUUCUUUCGUUUCUGAGUAGUGAGUGGUUGGUGGAGGUAGAAAGCAGAUGUCACACGACUGACAAUGAGGGCGAACCGAUGGUUUCGCCAUCCACAGUUGAUAAAUUGCUUAAAAGCUUUCGACUUAUGGAACAAGAGGAGGGUGAUGACCCAUGCCAGAGUAGCCGGGUGAAGAUCUUUAAAAAAUCCUAUAGGGAAUAUGCACUGAGUCGGGGAGUGGUGGAAGAAUCGGCGCGUCCACUGGUAUGGGAAAAAUUACUGAAUGUUAUUCAGUAUAUUCGGAAUAAGGUGAGAGUUCUGAAGAAGAUGCGAGAGGCAGAGGCUUAUCGAGAUGCUGCGAUGUUCUUGUAUCUUUGGGAAAGUUGGCAGCGAUGUGGUAUAGAUAUUCGGCGAGGGUACUUGUUACAAGCCGGAAGAGGAAAUAGUUCGCUUAGUGGUGGGGCUUUCAAUAAGCGGGUAGAGAAAUGGUUUGGGGAGGCUGGAGUAUUUGAAGGUGAAAGUGAACAUAGUUUUCAGAUUGGAGGACUGCGAGCGGGAAUAGAGGAGGGCUGGAGUUUAGGGGAGAUGAUGCGGCAGGGAACGUGGAAUAGUGUUGAUAGAGAAAGGACGCUSAGCCAAUCGGAGCUGUGGAAAUGGGCGGACAGAGGCCAAAAGGUGACGACCGGCACAUCACACUGCUCGUGGAGGUUGCGUUGCAGGCUCUGCAACAAAGAGUUCGUCGGCACGCUGUCCAAAGUCGUGAAACACCACACACAACCGUCGGUCACUGCCCGCUGUCUGCGCACCACCUGUGAGAUUCUUGCUGUCAUUCGCAGCAACCACCCGAAAACGACAUUGGUCCCUGCGUCGCUGGCGAAAUUGAACGACUACUCCAAGGAACAGGGUCGUCCGCCGGUUGUUGUGGAUGCGCAGGAUCUUGCUCCCGUUGAUGUGGCUUGUGCGUCAGGGGAGGUCGGUAUGUCGUCGGCAGGGGCAGAUGGAGGGCGUGACACAGGUUCGACGGCGGGAGAAGGCAGUGCUGUGGGUUUCGAUUCGGCAUCGGUUGCUGACAAGGGCGCUCGGGAUUCCAGGGGCCCCGACAUCCCGGAAGAGAUCGCUGAGCACCUGCGGGGUCCUGUUCUGGCUGCAGCUCGCCCGCCACGACCUCCAUCGAGUGCACAACAGUCGUCCAUGAAGAAUUUCGUAGUGGAUGAGCUGCAGAGAAAGUAUGACCAGGCGGUUGCUUCCUUCUUCUUUGAGAAUGCCAUCGCCUUCAACGCCGCGCGCUCGGACUCGUAUAAGAACAUGGAAAGGAUCAUGAACACGGCGCCGAGAUCGAGGAAGAUGCUGCGGAUGCCUGGAUACAAUUACCUGAGGACGAAGGCUCUGCCCUCGGAGUACAAAGACGUGGACAAGGAUCUUGACAAGAUCCGUGAGCCAUGGGAUGUCACCGGCCUCACCUUGAUGACGAACGACACGACAACGACCAGCAACAGGCCGGUCAUUAACUUCAUUGCAGACGACGAUUCGGGGGCUGUUAUGGUGCGUAGUGUGGACAUGGAGGGGAAGGAUAAGUCGGCUCCCGCUCUGGCAAGGAUGUGGGUGGAGGUGAUACGAGAGUUGGGAGUGCACAGGGUGAAUGCGAUCUGCACGGACUCGGCACAGGUCAACAUUUCCGCGAAGAAGAUAUUGGAAAACCAUGACGACCCUGCGAUCAGGAGCAUUCCAUGGGUGCCGUGCGCAUGCCACGUGUGCAACCUUCUCAUGUGUGACAUUGCUUCGGUGCCAUGCAUCGGAGAGGUGAUUCUGCAAGGCAGGGAGCUCACAACCUUCGUCAAGAGACAUCAGCGGGCGUUGGCGAUGUUCCGUAAGAGCGGGAGAGAGUAUGCAGCGACUUCGAGAGUGGCAGCAGUGACCAGGGCGCGGACGUGCAAGGAGCUGAUACGAGACCCGGCUUGGUGGUCGACUGUCUACCGGGCAUGCACCAUGCUUGAGCCAGUGUAUGCCCUUAUGAAGAACAUGGACAGCGACGGGAGGAUGGGUAUGCAGGUGUGGUCUUUAGGGAUCACGUUGGAGAAGAGAAUGGCCGCGAUACCGAUGGACAGUGAGACAAGGGGCAUCGUGAUGAAGAAAGUGAAAGACCGUGUGCGAAUGAUGGCUCUACCUGUGCAUGCGGCGGCGUGGAUGUUGCACCCGCUGCACAGAUCGCCUCGACUCUUCGACGACUUGGCGUCCGAAGAGAUUGCGAACACUCUGACUCACUUCGCUUUGAUUCAUGUGAAGACCUCGAAGGAGUACAAAGAGUGCUGGAACUCCCUGAAGAGUUUUCAUCACAUGACUCCAGAGUGGAUUGGCCCGAACUCCGAGGAGGCUUUGACGAGCGGUCACGUGUCCAUGGCGCAAUGGUGGUUGACGUACGGGAAAAGGCACCCAACCCUGACGAAGAUCGUCGUCAAAGUGUUGAGCAUGUGGACCACUGCAUGGAGAGGAAUUGUCACGUGCGAUCUCGUCCACACGAAGAGGAGAAAUCUCUUGAGCCCGGAGAACUUGGAGAUGCUCGUCUUCAUCCACUGGAACAGGAAGUUAUUGCGCAUGUCGAGGGCGAAGAUGGGAUUCGUGAACACCGAGCGACUGGAGUGGGAGACACCCGAGGACGAGGCACCAUUCGAUGGCUUCAUGCGAGAAGGGGAGUACGACCCCGCGGAGGAGGAGAGGGAGGACGACGGGGCAUGGCUACUUGAUGUUUCGUACCGCCCUCACAGAGCCGCGGACGAUGAGCGUGGGAAGACUGUCGUCGCUGAUUACGACGAGGAGGACGAAGGCGGCGACAGCGACGGUGACGCGGAGUUGCUCGACGUGCCUCUAACGGACAAGCGGUUCACUCGGCGGUCAGGCAGUGGGUCAUCCUCCGCGACGGAUGUCGCCAUCACACCACAGGUUCGCCCUGCGUCCGGUGGGGCUUCAAAGUCAUCUUCUAUGUCAUUGGCCGACGACAUUGGUCGCCUUGCACGGCCACGCACCUCCACGUUCGGUGCUGUAUCUUCGGUUCAGGGCACCAGCACACCCUCCGACGCGCAGCACACCCCUCUUCCACGAGCCGCGGUGGAGGAGACGGCCGCAUGUCGGGGGAUGACAGGCGGGGGAUCGAGGGAUGCUGACGUUGGCAGUGCAUCGGCGAGGGUCGUUGAAGACUUUGGUGUGUCUGUGGACGCUCCCGUUCCCGGUCAUGCGGAACACGAGGACGGGCACAUCGAUGCGGGCAAGGAUGACGAGCUUCAUGACGCAGCGGGGGACAGCCAGUCUGCCGGUGGAAAUGCAUUCUCCACUGUGGACCCAGGGUUGCCGCUGGGGGAGGGAUACGCCUCCCUGUUGCACCACGUUGCACCAAUUGCUGCAAGAGGCUCGAAGACGGACUUCGAGAAACACCUGGCUGCUAUGUCCCCCAUGAGGAGCGAUUCCGGGGGGCAGACUCCUUAUUGGGCCAGAUUGACGGCCGAAGUGGACGAGGAUGGAGGACUCGACCGCCCGCAAGCUGCAGCCACAGAACGUGAGGCAGUGUCACCCCCCGAAAUUGACGCCAGCAAGGUGCGUCAAGUCCGGAGUUUGGCAGGCAGAAAGAAAGGAGGGAAGAACAAGCCGAAGGAGCCAGCUGGGUCGACCGGACGAAGGGGACGAGGCAGGCCACGCAAGACAGUCACACCGCCAGCGUCCUUGCAAGAAAAGUGUGCAGUUGUUCAGCAGGCGAAGAAGAGGAAGGCACAAAAAGUUUCAAAGAAAGUCGCUGCAGCCUCCCAGUCGCCGAGAAGAAAUCCGAAGAGGAGGAGGACGUGCGUGCAAGAGGACGACAACUCCGAAAGCAUUAGCGCUUUGUCCUCGAGUGAUGCGUCAUCGUCGAGUAACGCAUCAUCGUCGAGUGACGAAUCAUCGUCGAGUGACGCGUCAUCGUCGAGUGACGCAUCGUCGUCGACUGCCACGAGCAGCAGCAGCGAAUGAGUGAGAGAGAGAGAGAGAGAGAGAGAGAGCAGCAGCAGCGAAUGAGAGAGAGAGAGAGAGGAGGGAACUGUUCUUUUUCUCCUCCUUUGUAUCCCACUUCGUCAUCAUCCGCUUCUUCAUUCUCAUUUCUUUCGUUCAUGUCUGAGUCCGGACUCUGUUUUCGCUGACUUCAUGGGCGUUGUGGGUAGUGAGACUGUAAUGGAGUGUA